AUGAGUGCUAUGGGGUUUGCUUGGGGGUUUCAGUCUUCGCUGGACACGGUAUCGGGCAGAAGUAGCAGGGCCGCGAACGGUGGCAGCAGUAGCAGUGGCAGUGGAAUCAGUAGUAGCGGCGGUGGUGAGUUUGUUGCUGGUGGUAUGGACGCAAGGCUGGGUGCGUUUGGUGGUGCAGGUGCUAUGGGAACGUUCCCGACGUUGGGGCCUCUGGAACAGACUGGGAGGACCACAGCGAUGAAGAGAAGAACGUUUGCUGGAGAUGAUGAGCCACAGCCAGAGCAGCAACAGAGCGACGAUGAAACUUGUGGGAGUCGGCGGGUUUCCACGAGGAGGAGAGUGAUGGCACCGCUGCAAAGUGCGCAGUUGCAGAGCCAGCCGCUGCCCAUCCGGCGCGGGUUGGAACUCAUGGAUAAAGAACAACUGGCGUCGCUCGUGAUGGAGCUUGUACAGUUGGACCCUCAGGUGCAAAACAAAGUGCAGAGACAGAUCCAGCGGACCAAGUUCAAGUCGGACCAGUACAUGGACAUCCUCCAGGACAAGUUCAACAAAGUACUACAGCACGUCCCGUACAAUAGGAAGUUCGAAUCCGCUUCAGAAUACAAACUGGACGACUACUCGUUCGUGCGCCUGAAACCGUUCAUACUUGAGUUUUUGGACUGUCUCAUAGACUACAACUUGAACAGCAUCCCCUGCGACGAAUCCCAGGGGAACCAGGUCACCGUGCAAGAGGCACUCAACUUCCUGGACCAGUGCACGGAGAUGCUCACAAGCUUACCGAGGUUUGACCUUCCAAGCAACAACUACUACUACGACAAGUGCUUCGAGCAGAUCUCGUACAUAUGGUGCGUGCUCAUCGAGCAGUUUUUGAAGGACCCUGUGCUUGCGAUAAACGGUCUCCGCGCACCUUCCUCGCAGAGAGAGUGGGUCCACAAACUGCAACACUACAACGAUAGAUCGAGGGGACUCUUGCGCAGACCGCUGCAGAUGCUCGAAUCGUGGCUAAACGUGACUAACGGCGACACCAACGGAACAAGCAUCAACGCCGUAGCAUGA